GUCACCGGGAGGAGUUACCGGAGGGACUCGUUGGGGACAGUGAGAAAUCCGGUUGCCCCACGGGGCCGGAACUGGGAACGGGAUCGUGUAGGGACUGGGAGCACUGGGAAUACUGGAGGUGGCUCUGGACAUUCCCCAUGGCGGAGAAUCCAUCGUUUCCGGAGUCGGCGAGCGGCCGGGUGCUGACGGGCCACCAGGUGACAGAGGGGGGACCCCCCCCGUCCUGCCCCCGCGGUGUCCCCAUCGAGACGGUGGGUGCCGAGACAGAUCCGGAGGGUGCCGAGACGGAUCCGGAGGGUGCCGAGCCGGAAUUGGCCUCCCGCGGCGCUGAGGAUGAAGAGGAUGAGGAGGAGGAGGAAGGCACCGGGAAUACCACCAGCACAGGCAAGCGAUGGCCGUGGGGACCGGGAAGGGCCGAUGUGUGUCCGUGUGUCCCCUCCGGAAUCACCGCUCACCGUGUGCUCUGCUCCCACCCAGCGGAGACCGGCACCGGGAUGAGACCGGGAAUUGGGCAUCCGCAGGAGCGUUGGGACACCGCGGCAGCGCCGGACACCACGGAUGUGCCGGAAAACACGGAACCCAAAGAGCCCAACACCGCGCUGGGACCCCUCCUGGACACCCCAAAACCAGGGUCCCCCGUGAAGGACGAGAGCGGCACCGGCAGCGACGAUGAGACGGGGGGGUUACAGCAGAGCCGUGAGCCCCGUGGUGACCCCCAAAAGGCCGCCCCACCGCGGGGGACCCCAAAUCGCGGCGCUGAGGAGGGGCUCAGCCUCAGCAAAGUCCUGUUGGGUGUCCUGGCGCUGGCGGCCGCCGCGCUGCUCCUCCUCACCGGUGGCCUCUACGAUCUGGGGGACGGACCUGCGGAAUUUGUGGUGACCCGGAAUGCGGAGCGGGAGCCGCCGCCGCCCACCGACGGCAACGAAUCGCGGGAGAAGUCCCCAACGCCGGAGACCGGAGAUCCCCCGAGUGUGCACUCGGUGAGUGUCCUUCUGGACAAGGUGGCCAAGGAGAACCAGGAGAUACGGCGGAUGCAGGCGGAGCUGCAGGCGCAGAAGACGGAGCUGCAGGCGCUGCUGCGUCGCAGCGAGGACGCCGCGGCGUCGGCCGGGGCGCAGCAUCAGACCCUGACGGCGGAGAACGCGCGGCUGCGAGCGGCGCUGGACCGCGAAACAUCCGCCCUCCACGACGCCCGUGCCGAGUUACGGCGCCUGCGGGAAGCGAAGACACCGCAAUGCCCCAAAUUUAGGGAUCCAGCGCCGAAGCAACCCCCAAAUAUGGGCACUCCGCAUUCCGGUGACGCCGCGGCGCAGCGGGAACGCGGCCGCUUGGCUUUGGUACGGCACGAGCUGGCGGUCGCCCUGGAGCGAGCGCGGCGUCCCGGGGGUCUCCAGGGUCUCGCGGAGGAGCUGAGCGCCCUGGAGCGACGCCUCGGCCGCGAGUUGGAAGCCGAGAGGGUUCAAUCCUUCCCAAAGUCUUGGAAGAAGCCGUUCCAGGUGGAAAAGAAAGAGAGCAAACGGCACGAGCGACGCGGCGACGGCGCGUCCCGUCGCGACGGCGCGUCCCGUCGCGAGUGGGAGGAGAGGGAGCGUCACAAAUCCAACGGGAAGGGAUCCGGGGGGUACAAAGCGGGAAAAAACGGGGGGAAAGCACCUCAUGGAAUGCCUUUCAGCCGGUACGGAGCACCCCAGGGCUGCUCCGGAGUGGCCGAUUGCACCCGGAAAGAGGGUCGGGAAGCGUUGGGCGCUGCGUUGGAGCCGGUGCAGAAGAUGCAAUUCCUGCAACUCCUGAAGGAGUUUAUGGAGCGUUUGGGUUGGGGACAACAUUUUGGGGAGUUGGCAGCGAAGUUGGAUGGGGUUUUCGGGUCCGACGGAGCCUUCGCUCACGAUCGGUUGCGUUUCGUUGACUUCGUGGAGGACGUGGAAGAGCUGUUGGAGGAGGUGGCGGAGAGGGAACGCGGCGACGAGGAGGCGGCCGAUGGCUUCGAGGAGUUCGUGCGGCGGCACUACGGAGGCAGUACCGGGAAGGAGCGGAUUUGGGGAUCGCGGCAGCACAGCACAGGGGUGUAGAACCCCAUCUCACGGCUUCACCCAGGACAAAGGGGGGGGGGGUCCCCCCAUUUUUUGGGGGGUCCGGAGAGGAUCGGAUCCCUGAGCAGAUGCACUGAACCCCCAACACGAAAUAAAGGCACCGC